AUAUAUAUAUAAUAUAUAUGUGUGUGUGCGUGUGGUGUUGGACCUAGAUAGACAGAAAACAACCUGUGAAAUUGAUCCAAUAUACCCAUGAUGUGAUUUUGUGUAAUGUGCACAAUUAAGUAAGGUCAAAGUAUCUAAACAUUAAGGAGUUCAGCAUCAUUGUAUUGAAGGGAUUUUAAAUGUAGCAUAGAUUUUGACCUCAUUGACCCUCAUAUAUUGCAGGUAUGCCAGAGCAUGAUUUUCCUGAUUGAAGUUGCAUUAUCCACUAUUUUUAAUUUUUUUCAGAUUUUGCUAUUGUUUACUGAAAUAAUUUGAUGUUUAAAUAGUAAACAGUGGAUGGUAGUAUAUUUUCUGAAGGACAACACUUUUUGGCCAGUUUCUCAGAGAAGGCGUGGUAUUAUUUCUGAAGACAUUGUCAUAUAAGUUAUGAGUUUGUACUGUGGAAUGUGUGGUGUAAUCUAUAUUUUGUUCAAAAAAGAAAAUCCAGAAUAUUAGCUUGACCACCAUACUAUGGCUAGUAGUGGCUCGGGAAAGUCAGACAGCGAGGUUCCAACGUCCAACAUCCCGAGUGGCAGCUUGCAGCAGCGGAAAAGACUCUCAUCUGUUUGUGACACAUGCAAAAGCAAGAUGCAGCUGGUGGCAGAUUUGCUUCUGCUGUCCAGUGAGACGAGGCCGGUGAUGACGGCGGAUGGUGUGCCGGUAGCAGAGACUUUCGAAAAGUGUCGGGACACAGUGAUCGCUAGGACGAAGGAGUUGUCCAUCAUCACUCAUGACAUUCAGAGCCAGCUUAACAUGGGGAAAUUUGCGGAGGUCGGGGAACGGUUAGUGGAAAUGAGCAAUCUGGUCGUGUCUCUAACAGAAUUUUCAGCUCACGCCGCAUACCUGGCAGCAGUGGAGACACCAGGUUCACAUACCGCCGUUCCUGGCUUGGUGGAUCGUUACAAAGUGACACGUUGCCGUCACGAGGUGGAUCAAACUUGCUCUGUUCUGCGUGUAACCCCACUUUCUGAUUUAACACCCCAACUCCUCUUGGAAGUUUCCCAAAACAUCCGGAGAAACCUGACCACUCUCACAGAGGCGUCAUCUCUGGCUAGUGAGAAAUCCAAGGACAGGUUUGCCAAAGAGCAGUUCAAAGCCAGUGUAAAGUGCAUGAGCACAAGUGCCACUGCGCUUCUGGCCUGUGUCAAGGAGGUAAAGACGAGCCCGUGCGAGCUGACACGCAACCGAUGUGUACUUUUCAGUGGGCCGCUGGUUCAGGCCGUCAAUGCACUGGUGGGAUUCGCUACAGAACCCCAAUUCCUGGGCAAACCGGCUAAUGUCAGCGCAGAUGGUAAAGCGGUGCAGACGGCUGUACUGGGAGGCGCUAUGAGCGUAGUUUCGGCUUGCGUUCUCCUCACGCAGGGUCUCCGGGACGUAUCCCAGCAUGCCGAAAACAGCGCCCAGAUGCCUAUGUACCGUGAAAGGCUGCGCCAGUCAGCUUGCGCUGUCUCUGAUGGAUGCACGUUGCUCUCACAGGCGCUCAGGGAACGAUCCUCUCCCAGGACUCUACCACCGGUCAACUCGCAUUCUGUGAAUUAAAACAAAGUCCAUUACAGAUGUUUUUCUCAAUGUACCAAAGAGACUAAUAUGCUUUAACCCCAUUUUGUGUGAUGCCAUUGAGUGAAUGUAGUGAAUUUGUAGAUGUUUGUCUGUUCAUCUAUUCUUGUGCAACAAAGGUGGCAGUUUUUUUUUUUUUUGCACUGGAUGUAAUUAAAAAAAAGACCUAGCCGAAACUGACAUCACAACAUAUUUCUAGUUUGUUUUUAACUCACUGGUAGCCACAGAUGUGGUCAUUCUGUAUGUUGGACUGAAAAUGCUCAAAUUAAAAGAAAACUAGUGGAAAGUUUACCUCAGUUUUAGUGUCUGAGAGCAGCAGACAGACCGAUUGUUGUAGUCGGAUACGUGACGGAUGCUAUUAAGAAAUGCAGUGAGAGUGAGACGCACGUUGAUGCUUUGUAUUUCAAUUUGUGAAUCAUUUGGUUUGAUUAAAGCUGCUUUGAGUGUG